UGGGCUCGGUCCGCAGCUGAUCUGGCCUUUAGUUGCCUCUAGUCUUCAGUGUGUUCUGUUCUGUGGAGUUGAGUGCUGUGCGUUCGGAUCGGAUCGCUCGGUUGUGUGGUUGUGUGUUUUCAGCCCAACGACGGCAACAUAUAAAAUAAAAAUUCGACGAGGACAGAGCAAAUAAUUGUGCAGGCUUAAGUGCAUAGGGCAUCAUGUUGCCCUUCUGGAAGCGGCUGCUGUAUGCCGCUGUCAUCGCGGGAGCGUUAGUUGGUGCCGACGCUCAAUUUUGGAAGCAGGCCGGCGCGUCCGGAUCGAUCCAGGACUCGGUCAGGCACAACAAUGGAAAUGAACCGAAAUUCCAAAUCGACAAUAGCUACGACAUCGUGGACUCCGCCUCCGUGCAGCGCGGAGAGUCGCCGCCGAAGAACUGUACGGCCGGGUAUGCGGGCUGUGUGCCCAAGUGCAUAGCGGAGAAGGGCAACCGGGGUCUGCCGGGUCCGCUGGGACCGACGGGACCCAAGGGCGAGACUGGAUUCCCCGGCCAGGAAGGACCGUUGGGCGACAAGGGCCAGAAGGGCGACCCCGGUCCGUCUGGGCCGCGCGGCUACAAGGGCGAGCGCGGAUCGACAGGUAAUCCCGGCCGGGCCGGUGUGCCCGGAGUGCAGGGUUCUGCUGGCAAUCCUGGUGCCCCCGGCCUCAACGGCAAGGACGGAUGCGACGGCAAGGCCGGCAUGCCCGGUCUGGAGGGUCUGUCCGGAAUGGCGGGAGCACGCGGCUAUACCGGCAUCUCUGGCAGUAAGGGCGAGAAGGGUGAGCCGGCCAAGGAGAACGGUGACUACGCCAAGGGCGAGAAGGGUGAGCCCGGAUUCGCGGGAACGCCCGGCUUUGCCGGACCCCAGGGCGAACCCGGCGAGAAGGGCGAUCGCGGCGACACCGGACCGUUUGGCGCCAAAGGACCUCGAGGUGAGCACGGCCUGAAGGGCGACAAGGGCGCCUCCUGCUUCGGACCCCUGAAGCCCGGCGCACCGGGUGCCAAGGGCGAGAAGGGCGAGCCCGCUCUGGGUAGUGGAUCCAGUGGAACUUUGACCAAGCAAGGACAACGGGGCGAGACCGGAGAGAAGGGAGAGCCGGGACCCGCCGGCCAAAAGGGUGAGCGCGGACUGGAAGGUGAAGCCGGAGCCGAUGGCCAGAGGGGUGAGAAGGGUCUGCCCGGUCCUCCAGGCGAUCGUGGUCGCCAAGGUAACUUUGGACACCCAGGUCCUGCCGGACAAAAGGGAGAUCGCGGUGAGAGGGGUCUGAAUGGUCUGUCCGGUAAUCCAGGAGCGAAGGGAGAGCCAGGACUUGCUGGAGCAACAGGUCAGCAGGGUUUGCUGGGUCCUCCCGGACCGCCCGGCGGUGGCCGUGGAACACCCGGACCCCCGGGCCCGAAAGGACCUCGAGGCUAUGUCGGACAACCCGGACCGCAGGGAUUGAACGGAGCCGAUGGACAGCCAGGUGCGCAGGGAUACACGGGACAGAAGGGAGGCGCAGGCUUACCCGGACGUACCGGCAACGAAGGACCACCGGGCAGAAAGGGUGAGAAGGGAACCGCUGGACUUGAUGGACAGCCGGGACCAGUUGGACCCAUUGGACACCAAGGACCACCGGGACCAGAUGGACAGAAGGGCGACGCCGGCACGCCCGGCAUUGGCAUUCAAGGACCUAAGGGAGACGAUGGUAUGCAUGGACGUCCCGGAUUUAAGGGAAGCAAGGGAGAGCGCGGCUUCAAGGGUAACGCUGGUGUUCCCGGUGACUCCAAGCUUGGCCUUCCCGGUGCCCCCGGUAGCGUUGGUGAACCCGGCCAAAAGGGUGAUGCUGGUCGUCCCGGACUUAAUGGCCAGAAGGGUGACAUGGGCCUCAAGGGCGACGUCGGCGGCAAGUGCUCAUCCUGCAAGAGCGGUGCGAAGGGAGACAAGGGUGCCAUGGGUCUGCCCGGAGUUCCCGGAAAAGAUGGCGCACGAGGUUCGCCCGGAGAUCGAGGCUAUCAAGGUGAACGUGGACACGAUGGCAUCAACGGAGCAACUGGACCACCUGGCGAGAAGGGCAAGGAUGGUUUGACUGGAGCACCUGGCGCGGAUGGAGAACGGGGCCAAGAUGCCAUUGUCAAUCUGAGCUUGAUAGCGCCCGUCAAGGGUGAGAAGGGAGAGCCCGGAAGCGUUGGAGCUCGCGGAGUUGACGGAGAACGUGGACCAAACGGAUUAACCGGACGUAUCGGACAAAAGGGAGAGAUCGGCCUGAAGGGCGACAAGGGCUUUACCGGCCCCCCAGGCAACGAUGGAAGACCCGGCCGUAAUGGACAGGACGGUUUCCCCGGAGUCGAUGGCAUUUCCAUCAAGGGAGAGCCAGGUCAACAUGGAUAUGACGGACUGAAGGGCGACAAGGGUAGGCUGGGUCUUUCCGGUCGCAAGGGAGAGCCCGGCAGCUGCAAGCCCGCCGAUUUGGUGUUGCCCCCCAAGGGCAGCAAGGGAGAGACGGGCAGCCCGGGCGAGACUGGACUCAUGGGAGCCGUUGGCUCGAAGGGAUCGAUCGGCUACCCGGGAGCCAAGGGUGAGCCUGGUCUAAUCGGACCACCCGGCCCAGAGGGACCACGCGGCUUGACCGGAGAACGCGGCGACAAGGGCAACCAGGGGUCGGUCGGUGCCCCCGGUAAUCCAGGAAAGGAUGGCCUCCGCGGCCUUCCCGGACGCAAUGGAGAAUACGGUCCGAGGGGCGAGCCUGGCAUUUCGGUGGCCGGACCUCCUGGUCCACCGGGUCUCAGUGGUCUGCAGGGCGAGAAGGGCAACCGUGGCCCAUCGGGAGCUCCUGGUCUGCCCGGUGCCGAUGGCAGCGUUGGAUAUCCCGGUGAUAGAGGCGAUCCCGGCAUGCCCGGACCAUCCGGACGUGCGGGAGCUGUUGGCGAGAAGGGAGACACUGGCCCAGUCGGGCCCCCCGGAGUGGCUGGACCUCCCGGCACUCCCGGCAUAGACGGCGUUCGAGGACGUGACGGCGCCAAGGGUGAGAUCGGAAAUUCCGGCCUGGUCGGCAUGCCCGGCAACAAGGGGGAACGCGGCGCACCUGGAAAUGACGGUCCCAAGGGCUUUUCUGGCGUUACCGGUGCUCCCGGAAAGCGCGGACCCGCUGGAUCACCCGGAGUCUCUGGUGCCAAGGGUGACAAGGGAGCUGCAGGCUUAACUGGCAACGAUGGACCCGUGGGCGGCCGUGGUCCUCAAGGAGCCCCCGGAUUUGCUGGAGUGAAGGGUGACCAAGGAGUGGUUGGCGCCCCUGGACAGAAUGGCUUGGACGGUUUGCCCGGCGAAAAGGGUGCCCAGGGAUUGCCCGGUUUGGACGGAGCUCCUGGCUUGCCCGGCGACGCCUCCGAGAAGGGACAGAAGGGUGAACCUGGCAUUUCCGGACUUCGGGGCGAUACGGGUCUGCCCGGAGAGCCGGGCUGGCAGGGUGAGAAGGGUCCCCCCGGCAUGACUGUUCACGGACGUCCUGGUCAGCAGGGCGAGAAGGGAGACACUGGACGCAGUGGCGCCGAUGGUCUUGACGGAAUCAAUGGCGAGAAGGGCGACCAAGGGCUACAGGGCGUCUACGGCCAGCACGGUGAGAAGGGAUCUGUCGGCGCACCCGGUAUUCCCGGUACCCCUGGCCUCGACGGACAACCCGGCGCCCCCGGUGCUCCUGGUGUUGCUGGCUAUCCUGGCCCCAAAGGAGACAAGGGUCAGGCCGGUCUAGCCGGACUAAGCGGAAUCAAGGGUGAUAUCGGACCCGUCGGACCCCAGGGCUUUGUGGGCGCUCCCGGUCCCAAGGGCGAUCGCGGUGUCCGUGGUCCGGCCGGUCUUCCAGCUAUCAUCGACGUGGAUCGACUCCGUGGCGAUAAGGGAUCGCAGGGCGAGCGUGGAUUCACCGGCGAGAAGGGCGAACAGGGCGAACGAGGUGAACAAGGAUUAGUUGGCUACGUAGGACCUAAGGGUGAUCGCGGUUUCGAUGGAGCUCCUGGCGCCAACGGAUUGAACGGUGUUCCCGGUGAAAAGGGUGACAUCGGUCUAACAGGCGAGGCUGGCUAUCCGGGACGACCCACCAAGGGUGAAAAGGGUCUGCCCGGUCGCCCCGGCAGAUCCGGACGUCAAGGUCUUAUUGGAGCUCCCGGCGUCAAGGGUGAACGCGGUCUGCCUGGUUUGGCUGGAGAGCCGGGUCUGGUGGGCUUGCCUGGACCAAUUGGACCAACUGGUGCCAAGGGAGAGCGUGGUCUGGCCGGCAGCAUAGGUGCACCAGGACAGGAUGGCUUCAAUGGCGCCCCCGGAGCAAAGGGAGAUGUGGGACUGCAGGGUUUCAAGGGCGAACGUGGUCCGAACGGCUUCGAGGGACAGAAGGGAGACAAGGGCGAUCGGGGUCUCCAGGGCUUGCCUGGUCUGGCCGGUUUGGCCGGAGCCAAGGGUGACAUGGGCUACCAGGGAUUGGUCGGAAACGAUGGACUUCCUGGCCUGCCUGGCGAUCAUGGCUUCACCGGACCCAAGGGACGCGAUGGACAAGACGGAAGACCGGGUGCGCCGGGACAAAAGGGCGAGCCCGGUAAGCUGCCACCGCCGGGACCCAAGGGAGAACCAGGUCAGCCGGGACGUGAUGGACAGAAGGGCGAGGUCGGACGUCCCGGAGAGCGUGGCUUGAUCGGCGUUCAGGGCGAGCGCGGCGAGAAGGGUGAGCGCGGCCUGAUCGGCGUUACGGGACUGGUGGGUCGUCCCGGACCCAAGGGAGAUCGUGGAGAGCAGGGCCCGCGUGGCUACGACGGAGCCGAAGGUCUGAUCGGCAUCAAGGGCGAACAGGGUGCACCGUGCUCCGCCGCCCUGGACUACCUCACCGGCAUCCUCAUCACACGACACAGUCAAUCCGACACGGUGCCCAGCUGCGCAGCCGGACAUACGGAACUCUGGACCGGAUAUUCCCUGCUGUACGUCGAUGGCAAUGACUAUGCCCACAACCAGGACCUCGGCUCCCCCGGUUCCUGUGUGCCCAGGUUCUCGACGCUGCCCGUCCUUAGCUGCGGUCAGAACAACGUCUGCAACUAUGCCUCGCGCAACGACAAGACCUUCUGGCUGACCACCAACGCCGCCAUUCCAAUGAUGCCCGUGGAGAACAACGAGAUCAAGCAGUACAUCUCACGCUGCGUCGUCUGCGAGGCGCCGGCCAAUGUGAUCGCCGUGCACAGCCAGACGAUAGAGGUUCCCGACUGUCCCAAUGGCUGGGAGGGCAUCUGGAUUGGCUACAGUUUCCUCAUGCACACGGCUGUGGGCAACGGAGGUGGUGGACAGGCGCUGCAAUCGCCUGGAUCCUGUUUGGAGGACUUCCGUGCCACACCCUUCAUCGAGUGCAAUGGAGCCAAGGGCACGUGCCACUUCUACGAUACGAUGACCAGCUUCUGGAUGUUCAACCUGGAGUCCUCACAGCCCUUCGAUGCGCCCCAGCAGCAGACGAUCAAGGCCGGAGAUCGGCAGUCGCACGUGUCCAGGUGCCAGGUCUGCAUGAAGAACUCGUCGUAGGACCUCGUCGUAGCACAUCCCAACAGACACCCAGCACACAGCAUAAGUUUAUUUUAAAUGUAAAGCCCUAAAUAUACCAACGAAUCGUGUGUACACACACCUACACACCAAAGCACACACUCACAACACACAAACAAACAAACAAACCAACAAACAAAACACACACACACACACACCGACGAACCAACACUGCUACAAAUUCCUUAAACUAACCAAAAAUGAAACAAAAAACGGGGCCACCGGGUCGAAGUGCUACAAACCGACCUCCUUGGACCACAAUGCCAUUUUUUAUCUGCCAAUUAAUGUUCUAAACAAUUGUAAACUGCUUCUAAGUUACGUUACGUAUGUUAAGUAAAUCAAACAAAUAAAUAAACUAGCCUCGGUCGUAUGUCGAAAAAUA